AUGAGAGACAAACAAGUUAAUAGUAUACUUUACUUGGUUUUUCUGUUCUUUGUUUUUAAAGUAAUAUGUAUUAGUGCUGUGGAUGAAUUUCCAGACCCAUUAACUAGCGCUAAUUUUGAAGAUGAAAUUAAAACUGGAUAUCAUAUAAUAGAAUUUUAUAGUCCAUAUUGUUCUCAUUGCAAAAGUUUAGCACCGAUAUGGAAAGAAACUUGGGAAAAGUUUCAAAAAGAAUCUGCUAGUUCGAAACUUAAAUUUUCCCAAGUGAAUUGUGUCGAGAGUGGUGAUUUGUGCUCACAAGAAAAGGUAAGAGCAUAUCCAAAAGUAAGUUUAUAUCAAAACGGGAGCUUUAUUAAAGAUUAUCCUGAUGGAAAUAAGAGAACUGUCGAACAGUUUAUUAAAUUUGCAAAUGAAGUGAUUCAGGAAAAUACAGAAAACGAAACUGAUUCGACAAUUGAUGCAAUUAGCAAUUUAUCUAAAGAAACUAUUCCAUUGGACAAGGAAGCAAUAAUUAAUUUAUUAGCUGGAGGAGCCAAAUUCCCUUAUUUUAUAUCUUUUUGGCCGUCUGACUUAAAUUAUCAAGAUGAUAGCUUUACUUUUACAAAUUGUAAAGAUUGUGAAACUUUUAAGGAAAAAUGGAAGUCAAUAUCCGAACAUUUAUCUGAUUCAGGUAUCCAAGGUGCUCAUUUCGAUUGUAAAAAGUAUCCGGAGGUUUGCAAGCAAUUGAAUUUUCAGGAGUUAACAAUUAAAGAUAAAGAGAAGUCUCCUAUUUUAUUGUUACUUGUUCCUAUGAGAAAAACUAACAAUAUUUUUGAGUUUAAAGAUUCCUUAGAUUCACCUGAAUCAAUGAUAUUGGAUUUUGCAACAAGAACAUCGUUCAAUGCUCAACUUAAACAUAUCACAAAGGGAGAAAUUAAUGAAAUAAUCAAUCGUAAGGUUGAUUAUAAUAACUCCAGGUCCGCUAACAAACUAUUUUUAGUAUUUCAAUAUAACGAAACUCAGGUAUUUCAGGAGGAUUUUGUAGUAUUGGAAUAUUUGAUUGAAAUACUAAAUAAUUAUGAAAACAUAUAUCUUUAUCAAUGUAAAGAUGACUUAAGAACAUUGAUAUUGAAUUCCUACGACAGGUUCGUCGAUCUAAUUAAUUAUAAUGCUACAGAAUCUAAAAAAAGAAGAAAUGAUGAGUACAUUAAUAUGUAUUCAAUUACACAAAAACCCACAUUUUUUAUUUUUAGAGAAGGUGAUUUGCUUUCUUCAGCUUUCAAUUCUUAUUCAACAGCUGAAUUUAGAUCUCCGGGAUAUAUUGUAUCUUGGCUGGAUCAGGUAAACUUAACUAAAUUAACAGAGGUAACAGAAGAUAAUUUUUCAAUGUUAUUACAAUAUGCAAAUGACAUAUACCAGAUCAUUACUAUUCAACUAAUAGACACAUCUUCUGAAGAUAUGAUUAAUCAGAGUAAUCAAUAUUUGGAUAAUUACUUGUUAGCACUUGAUGAUUAUGAGCAUACAAGGAUGGGUUAUUUGGUAAAAUUAAUUAAUAAAAAAAGAACUGAUAAAAGCAAUAAAUUAGAUAAGAUGAAAAAUAAUAAAGUUGAUGACAAAACAAUAGUGAGAACAAAAUUACAACAAUUAGAGUAUGAUUUUAAUAAGAAAAUUUUAAUUGCGUACAUUGAUAUUUCAGAGAAUUUGGAUUUGUUAAACUCAUAUGGUAUCAAACCUAAAGACAGAGAAUUUGAAGUAGGCGACAUCAUUAUUAUUAACAAGCAAACGCUGAAAGUUUAUUAUUCUGAUAUAUCUGGAAAGGACUUAAGAGCUAGUUCUCCUUUUGAAUUGAGGGAAAGUUUAACUAGUGUGUCAAUUCCAGAGAUUUCAAAUUUUAAAAUGAAGGGUAAAGUAUUGAGUAAAAUUCAUAAAUCACCCUCAAAAUCUUUGCAUUUUAACAUAUCACAUCAUUUAUCCCCUCAAAAUGCAAUAAUAUGCAUAGUAGUUGUUAUUCUGAUAAUUUUUAGGAAGUUUAUCAGACAUAGAGUUGCUAAACUACUACGAAAGUCAGAAAACAAUGAUGCUGCCUCUAACAAUGAGUUUACAUUAACAAAAUCAAAAUUUAACGACUAA